AUGGCUACGUUUUCUUCAGAGAGGACCACAACCUCCAGCGAAUCACAUGUCAGCACCACAAAAUCUGCCCAAUCACAAAGGACUUUACAAACCACAUCUAGCUUUAGCCAAACGAUAGCUCCUACAACAUUACAGUACCACUCAAGAAGUGUGUUCCUGAUGCAGGUAAAGAGGGGAGGAGCUUAUUUCCUAUGCCAUGGUUCACUGAACCCAAACCCCAAAGGUCCAGACCUGAUCCAGACCAGGUCCAAAGCUGAUCCUGGGUUCGAUGGAGCAGAUAAAACCGCAGUGCAUUCACUGACCGUGACAGACUCUGGGUUUUCUGACAGCUGUGGGACAGAGGAACACCUGAUGCUUCAGGAGACCACCAAGAGACAGGGAAAUGAAGGGGGAUCAGGGGUGGACUAUUUUAACACACAGAACAGGAUAUCUGGUCCGUGUCGGUUCGCCUGUCUGAAUGGAGGCCAGUGUGUGAACUCAGAGUCAUGUGACUGCAGUCUGUACCAAGCCACGGGAUACAGGUGUCAGACAGUACCGAACCAGGGCUUUGAGCGGGAGAUGACCUGCAGGAGUUGGGGCCAAUACAACUUUGAGACUUUUGAUGGACUUUACUUCCACUUCCCUGGACGCUGCACUUACACACUCCUGAGAGACUGUGAGGAGGGCUCUGGAGUCACUGUGCAGGUUCACAAUGAUCCAGACUGUGGCACCUCUGCCUACAGCUGCCAUCGCUCUGUCAGUCUGUUCAUGAACUGGGAUGGAGAGAUCAGACUCAAUGCUCGCAAUGUCACUUUUAAAGGACAAAGGCUGGACCUCCCUUACCACAUCCAUGACUUGAUGUUGGAGCAGAUCUCAGAUUACAUUUUGGCAACACAGCAUGGCUUCACUCUGGCCUGGGACGGACUCCGCGGCUCCAUCUACAUCAAACUCAGCCCAGACUACGUGAGCCGCACCUGUGGUUUAUGUGGCAACUUCAACGCAGAUGUGCAGGACGAUCUACGCACCAGCUACGGUGUGCCCACGGAGGAGAUUGAGAUGUUUGGGAACAGCUGGCAGGAGGUGGAGCCAAAUGAGUCCAGGUGUCCCAUAGUGUCUCCAGGAUUCACCUCUCCCUGCUCUGGAGUCCCUGACCAUGUACUACAGAAAAUCCAUGAGGUGUGUUCUCUUCUCUUGGAGCCUCCCUUUUCAGACUGUCAUGAGUUUGUGAGUCCUCUGUCCUACAUGGCCUCCUGCACCAACGACCUCUGCCUGUCUGGUCCUGUGGAUGAGAUGUUGUGUUUGGUGCUGAGUGAAUAUGCUAGAGCCUGUGCCCAUGCAGACCACCCCCUGCAGCAGUGGAGACAGGACUUCCCUCUCUGUGAGAAGCCCUGUGCCUCUGAUCUACAGUGGAGAGAGUGCAUCAGCUGCUGUCCUCAGACCUGUCGUCAGGAGAAGAACUGCAUCGACAGCAGACUGGCCUGUGUGGACGGCUGCUACUGCCCGGAAGGCCUGGUUCUUGAGUCUGGGUCCUGUGUGCUGCCGUCUGAAUGUCCCUGUGAACACCACGGUCUGAUGUACCCCUCAGGACAAACACUGGAAGAUCGCUGUAACACCUGUACCUGUGUGGGGGGAGUCUGGAACUGCACCGACUACACCUGUCCAGUGGAGUGCUCUAUCACCGGGGACAUGUUUUUUCAGUCAUUCGACGGCAGAGUUUUUUCGUUCGCUUCGACGUGCCAGUACGUUCUAUCCAAGAGCCACAGCUCCGGACGGUUUACCGUCACCAUCCAGAAUGCCCCUUGUGGACCUAACCUGGAUGGAGCAUGUCUGCAGUCGGUCAGUUUGGUGGUGGAUGAGGACCCCAGAUCAGAGCUGACCCUGAGUCACGUGGGAGAAGUCUUUCUGGGGGGACAGUACCGCAUCUCCCUGCCGUACUCUGAUGAGUUGCUGGAGGUGCAGGAGCUGUCCUCCAUGUUUGUCCAGGUGCAGACUGUCUUUGGGCUCCGGCUGCAGUUCUCCUGGUCUGAGUCCAGGCUCUACCUCCAGCUUGACCAGCGCUGGCUCCACGACACGGUUGGACUAUGCGGCACCUUCAACGGGAACAGCCAGGAUGACUUCCUUUCUCCGUCAGGGAUGAUCGAGAGCACUCCGCAGCUCUUUGGAAAUAGCUGGAAGGUUUCUUCUGCCUGCGCCGUGAGUCUGAGCACUCCUGAGAUUGACCCCUGUGACGCGCACCAACAGGCCGUGUCCUAUGCCUCAGAGAAGUGCUCCGUUUUGACCCAGGACCUCUUUGCCUCUUGUCACGAGCACCUGAGCCCGGGUCCGUUCCUGCUGCAGUGUCGAUCUGAUGCAUGUAAAUGUGGAGCUCCGUGUUUCUGCUCCUCUCUGGCUCAUUACACUCGUCACUGUCGAAAACACGGAGUCCUCAUUGACUUCAGAGCUCACAUCCCAGAGUGCGAGGUGACGUGUCCAUACUCGAUGGUCUAUGGUCCCUGUGUCUCUUCCUGUCUGCGGCGCUGCUCGGCUCUGUCUCUGCCUCAGUCCUGUUCAGAUGAAUGUGAGGAGGGCUGCGUGUGUCCAGAGGGGACAUUCUACAACCACCGCACCCGCACCUGUGUCCAACGGAGCGAGUGUCCGUGCAGUUUUCUGGGGGCAGAUUAUGAACCUGGAGACAUGAUCAUGACUUCAGCAGGUGUUCAGUUGUGUACAGACGGGAAACUAGUCUCUCAAACUCCAGCUAGUGACGGCUUGUGUCCCAUGGGUCAGAUCUACCUGAACUGCUCUGUCGCAGGAGUGAUGCCACAGAGGGGCGUGGCCUGUGAGCGCACCUGUGAGUCAUACCUGCUGAACCUCACUUGCUCCUCCCACGAGCCCUGUGUGUCCGGCUGCAUGUGCCCCCCUGGGCUGCUGAAACAUGGAGACGAGUGUUUCGAGCCUCCGGCCUGUCCCUGUCUGUGGAAGGGAAAAGAGUAUUUCCCCGGCGACCGUGUCUCCUCUCCCUGUCACCACUGUGUUUGUCAGCAUGGCACGUUCCAGUGUGUUUUUCGGCCCUGUGCCUCCAUGUGCUCAGUCUAUGGAGACCGACACUACAGGACCUUCGACGGACUGCUCUACGACUAUGUGGGCUCAUGCAGAGUCCAUCUGCUCAAGAGCAGUGUUGAUACUCCUGUCAGUGUCAUGGCUGAAAAUGUGGAUUGUUUCGACAGUGGAGUGAUCUGCAGGAAGUCGCUCCUCAUCAGUGUGGGACAAACGGUCAUCGCCUUUGAUGACGCCUCUGGGAAACCAAACCUGUCCAGUGUGAUCGAUCGCAAGCAGAGGGUUUUCCUGUUCUCCGCUGGGAUUUUCUCCGUGGUUCACUUCCAUGAGGAGGACCUGACCAUGCUGUGGGACCGGAAAACCACAGUCCACAUACAGGCCGGACCACGCUGGCAGGGGAAGCUCAGUGGUUUGUGUGGAAACUUUGACUUGAAAACAGUGAACGAGAUGAGAACGCCAGAGAGCAUUGAGUCCCCAACGCCCCAGGAAUUUGGCAACAGCUGGACCGCCACUGAGUGCCUGAGCAGCCCUGAUGUGAGACCUCCCUGUUCUGUGUUUCCUCUCAGAGAACCUUUUGCAAAGAGACAGUGCUCUGUCCUGCUGAGCGAAGUGUUCCAGAGCUGCCACCCAGUGGUGGACGUGACAUGGUUUUACAUGAACUGUGUGGCCGACACUUGCUCGUGCAGCCGAGGGGGAGACUGUGAGUGCUUCUGCUCCAGUGUCGCUGCCUACGCCCAACGCUGCUGUCUCCAAGGAGUGUCUGUGGACUGGAGGAGCCCCUCUCUCUGCCCUUAUGACUGUGAAUACUACAACAAAGUCCUGGGUAAAGGUCCAUACAGGCUCAUCCCAUUCAGAGAUCGGACCUCGGUUCUGGCCUCCAGCCGUUCUCUGGGCUCUGUGUUUCUGGUUCGGGCCAAUAGCAGUGAGAGCCAAGGCUUUCUGUCCAAGUUCAUGAUGACCCCUGGACUGAGCCGCUCCAGGCCCCACGACAACUCUCGUGUCUCCUUUGAAGCGGCCGACCGUCCGAACUACUUCCUGUUUGCUAGUCCAAGCGGUGAGGUGAAGCUGUCCAAAUGGCGUGACAACGAUGCAUUCUGGGAAGGAGCCACCUUUGUGCUGCACAGAGACACCUGGAUCCCGGGUUUCGUUUCAUUGGAGGCUCAGUCCAAACCCGGGUUUUUCCUCCACGCAACGCGACUCAUCCACCUGCUCAAAUACAGGCACACAGACAGCUACCGCAAGGCAACGCUCUUCAGAGUCACAGGCCCCAGUGCGGACGCCUCAGUGGGUCCUCAGUGUCAGUGGAGGUACGACUCAUGCUCUGUGCCCUGUUUCAAAACCUGCAGCGACCCAAGAGCCGACUCCUGCACCUCCAUUCCACAAGUAGAGAGCUGUCUCCCAGUGUGUCCCUCUCACAUGGUGCUGGACGAGGUCACUCAUCGCUGCGUUCAUCUCCAGGACUGUAUUAACCCCCCAGUUGGUUCUGACAUCCCUUCUUCAAACACCACUUUUUCAGCCGUCAUGACCCCUGAAGUCCAACAGGGGCAGUACACCUCCAGAGUCACUGAAUCUCCAUUGACCAGAACGACGACUAGCGCACCAUACGCUAUCACCGCAUUGUUUUGGUUCACAGAUGUCGUGUCUGUUACCGAUCUUACCACCACACCAGAGCCCACUAAAUCUGCAGAAAUCACUACAAAGACGACUAUAAUUACCACCAAACCAAAAACCACAACCAAAAAAGCUGAACCUACGCCUUCAUCCAAACCUUCAACCAAGUUUACGGAGGAGUGGAUUGUCCGUGGAUCGACUACACCUGUUUCCAUAACAACGGUAACUAGUAAAGUGACAACAAAAGAGGGAGGAGAAGAGGAAGAAGGGGGAGGGGCUACAACGGUGACCACACCAAAAGCCACACCCUCCACUGUUUUGGAUACGACGAAAAGUACAGAGACGACAGUGACAGUGAGUCUGCAAACAGCCCGCGCGUGUACGCCUCCGUAUGCAGAGAUCAUUGAUGAAUGUACCAAACUCAUCUGUGUGAACCAUCAGCUUGUCCUGUUUAACAAAUCCCAGAGCUGCCCUUUCACCUCUGACCCCCCAAACUGCGGCCUGCUGGGGUUCGCUGUCCUGGUGAAUGGAGACAAGUGCUGCCCCCAGUGGAGCUGUCCAUGUCGCUGCUCAUUGUUCCCAGACCUGAGCGUGAUCACAUAUGAUGGGAACAGCGUGGCUGUUUUUAAAGCUGCUUCUUAUAUCAUCACUCAGCUCCAAAACGAGGAGAUCUCUGUGUCUGUGCAGGAGUGUCCCGCAGACUCCAGCUCUCCGCUGCUGUGGAACUUCACUCACUUGUGUCUCGUGGCUCUGAACAUCACUCACAAAUCCAACCACGUCGUCAUCGACAGACUUCAGCGCAGGUUGUACGUGAACUCUCGAUACGCCAAGCCGCGAUUUAAGAAGUUUGGGUUUGAGAUCUACGACACAGGGAACAUGUAUCUGAUCAAGACUCCAGCCGGACUCAAACUGCAGUGGUUCCACUCCACGGGGAUGAUGGUUGUCGACACGGAGGCGCACUACAACAGACUGACCACCAGAGGGCUCUGCGGUUUCUGUGAUGGAGACCCCAGUAAUGACCUGACUCUGCCCAGUGGCUCCUCUGUGUCCGACAGUGAAGCGUUCAUCGAGAGCUGGACUAUCUUCAACACCACGUCCUUCAUCAGCUCCACCCGACGAAGAGACGCCAACUGCACCACCAGCGACUGCUCUGAGUGUCUGCGCAUGCUCCAGGGACACGACUACAGACCCUGUCACCAAUAUGUUCCUCCCAGUACGUUCUGUGAACUGUGGGUCCGAGACACAGAGUAUGUGAACAACCACUGUGUGGCUCUAUCUGCGUACGUCGCCUCCUGCCACAAGUUCAACAUCUGUAUCGAGUGGAGGAGGCCAGACCACUGCCCGUUCCUGUGCCCUGACGGCCUCCAGUACCAGUCAUGUCUCCCCGCCUGCUCCGCCUCCUCCUGCCCAAACCAGGACUUCGACUCAGACCCAGACCAGUGCUCCGGUCUCACUGAGGGCUGUGUGUGUCCGGAAGGAACUCUGCUGCACCGGCCCUACUCCAAGCUCUGCAUACAGCCCGACAAGUGCGCGUGCACAGACAGCACUGGGCUCCCUCGCUCUCAUGGGGAGGUGUGGAAGGCCUCUCACGACGCCUGCUGCAUGUACCGCUGUGACAACGACACUAUCGUCCCAGUGGAGUUCAACUGUUCCACCGCAGUACCACAGUGCCACAGACAGGGGGAAGUAGUGAUCAGCCUGGCCGACCAGAACAGCUGCUGCCCUCACAAACUCUGCGUGUGUAACCAGAGCCUGUGUGAGCUGCCUCCUCCUCAGUGUAAUUAUGGAGAGAAGCUGGUAUCUUAUUACAGACAGGACUCGUGCUGCCCCCAGUACUCCUGUGAGUGUGACCCGGAGCUGUGUGAGUCUGUGAUCCCAUCGUGUCGAGAUGAUCAGACUUUGAUCUCCACCAGAGCCGACGGGAGCUGCUGCCUCGCACACAUCUGCAUGUGUGCGUCGUGCUCUGAGGCACCCCCUCUUUGUCAGGAUGGAGAGGUACUCACUGUGGACUUCAACACGACUGACCGCUGCUGCCCACUUUACGGCUGUGUGUGUGAGCCACACCGUUGUCCUGAGAUCAGCUGCCCCGUCGGAAUGUCCCUUGUCUCCAGCUCUGUCCCAGGACGCUGCUGCCCAAAACAAACAUGUGAAUGCGCCUGUGACAAGAUUGCCUCUCCAAAAUGUGGCCUGGGAGAGAUGUUGCAGCUGGACCGAUCCUUCAUGUCCGAUCCUCAAAACCAGUGCAGUUGUAAUAGAUACAAAUGUGUUCUAGAGCCUGGCUGUAUCUUCCCUGAGCGUGGUCUCCUGCUCCUCCCUGGUCAGACGUUGGUGGAGCACAGUGAUGGAGGCGUUUGUUAUAGCCGUCAGUGCAGCCGUUCCAUUGACUCCAGUUCUGGCCUCAACAUCAUGAGGACCACCACCCACAACUGCUCCACCUCCUGCCUCCCCAAUCAGAUUUAUGUUCCUCCCAAAGACCAGUCAAGCUGCUGUGGCUUCUGCAAAAACAUCUCCUGUUCCUACGAGCACGAGAACGGCACCACCAACUAUUACAAGCCCGGUCGCUCAUGGAUAUCUAACUGUAUAAAGUAUGACUGUGCAGACACAGAGUCUGGCUCCACUCUCAUUUCACUCCCCAUCAGCUGCCCCCCUUUCAACGACUUCGAGUGCCUCCAGAAUGGAGGCCAUGUGGUGAGUUACAUGGACGGCUGCUGCAAAACCUGUAACGUCUUCGCUCUGUUGCCUUUUCCCGUUAGCCCCGUGUCUCCCACAGUCAGCUCAAACUGUGAACGAGGUAAAGAAGACGGAAAGUCGUGUCAAAAAGUCACUGUGAGAAUGACCAUCAGGAAAAACAACUGCCGCAGUAACCGACCGGUGAACGUGGUCUCGUGCGAUGGGAAGUGUCCCUCUGCGAGUAUCUAUAACUACAAUAUAAACACAUACGCACGAUUCUGUAAGUGCUGCCGCGAGACUGGGCUCCAGAAACGUACUGUCCAACUCUACUGCAGCAACAACGCCACCUGGGUCAACUACGACAUUCAGGAGCCCACUGACUGCUCCUGUCUCUGGUCCUAAAGGGGGAGGCACCUGUCAACGGUCCUGCUCCUGUCUACCUGCCUACUACUUACAGUCUAAAUUGGAAUAUCAUAUCUUUGCAAUGACAUCA